AUGGGAGCCUGCCAGUCGUGCUUAGGCCGGCGCGAUAAUGACAAUUAUGAAGAGAGCGAGGAGAACCGCCUAUUGUACGACGAUGGCAAUGGAAUGGGCUACGGAAGCUUCAACGACCCGGCCAUGACUGGCGACGAGAGCCUCGAAGCACAGCGCGAGCACGAAGCCCUGCAAAGAGUGGUCGCUAGAACCUCAAAUAAUAUGGUGGACGUCUUCGAGAUUGGCCCUCAAGAUUCUGUUGCAGGAGGCGGCACCUCCACUCCGUUCGCCUACACCGGACAAGGCGCGAGGGUUGCACGUUACCAGCACUUGGUGUCGAAAUUGAGCACUGAAGAAGAUCCUGCUGCCCAUGGGAUCAAGAUUGAUUGGCUUACCGAUGACGAGGAUAGCCUUGACAUGAGGACCAACACUACAACCAAUGUCAAACUCCUUGAUGAUGGUGAGGCAGGACCGCUUGUGGGCACCUUCGCGGACGCUGCGGCGGCGAUGAAUCCAUAG